AGCUGACUCAGAGUCACAUGACCAGCCCGGCCAGGAAGGAGGCAACCAGGAAGCAGCCAUGCUUUUGCUGCUGCUUCUCCUUUUUGGCCUCUGCUCUGCUGGGCCUGGCGUGGCAGGAGAGGAAGGAACCCCGGGAUACCGCAGGAAGGUCUCCCUGGAAUACAAUCCCGGCUGGAACAGCUCGGAGGCCAACCUGCUCCACGUGCGUGCCGUGGGGCGCAACGACACCCUCCACUUGGUCUGGAGCACCAUUGGGGCGCCCACCGCCCUCCUCGUUUACACCGGGAGCGACACCAGCGUCCUCCACGUCAACUGGACUACGUUGCUCUCCCCGUCUCCCUCUGGGGCCAUCCGGGUCGAGCCCCCAGAGAGCGUCUUGUACUCCACGGCGGUCGUCUUUGCCAAGGUGUACGAGUACAACGGCGCCAACACGUCAGAUCUCUCCCAAGCGCAGGCGGGUGACUUCUACCCCGCUUACGACUUGGCCAACUUCACUUGGGACAGUCUGGAUGGGAAGUGGAACCAGUCAGAUCUGUCGGCAACCUUUCGGGGGGUUGUGUCCGAUCACGGAGGGACCGCUUGGAAUGGGAGCAUCUCUUUCCAGGUGAUGGCUUUUGAAGGGAGCGACCGGGAUGCGUCCCUCCCGCGCCUGCUCCAUUCCGCAAACAGCUCCAAAGUGGCCUUCGUCAUGCACGGGGUGGCCCCCCGGAGCAAACGGUCCCGCUUUGCACUGGAGAUUUUCACGGUGGAAGAGGGAAGCGGUCGCAAAGAGCUGCAGUCCAUCCGCUCCAUCGACGAUGAGUAUACGCCGACGAUAUUCGAGAUGGCGCAGCUGGUUUCCCUUCCCCGCAACGACACCGUCGGGUCGAGCUUCCUCCAGUGGAAGACGGCAGCCUACGCCUCUCCGGACGCCCAACGAGCCGACACCAUCCACUGCCAGUAUUACCCGCUGCGGACGGCUAACGUGACCCUCCCCGGGCACGGCAUCGCACACGCUUACUUCGGCCCGGAGGCGGAUUACGCCGUAGCCGGGCUCAACGUUUCCUUCGGCGGCGAGGACAGUGAGGCCUACCAAGAGAAGCGCUACCUGAGCUGGUCGGCACUGAUAGGUUAUGGGGCGCCUGCCGAAGACACGUUCUCCCCAUUGGUCAUGGCGAUCCUGGCGGUGGCGCUGGGGACUCCGGUGCUGCUUCUCGUGGCCGGCGGCAUCACGGUGUGCGUUGUGGCGCAGAAGAGGCGGUACUCCGAAUACGAACCCAUCAACUGAGCGGCGGUUUAAGUUGGAAGGAACCCUAGGAUGCACCCUCCCUGGGAUUUGGGGGAGUGUUGGUCCAAGGAUACCGCCUUUUGCAGCAUUCACGGUUCAAUUUGACUCAAACUUUUGAGAAUGUUUACAUCUUUUCGUGGGUUUCGCUUGGGAUGAAAGCUCACUCCCUUGCCCUUGGACCUCGGGCAGUUUUGCACAGUUUGGCCCCUUUUCCUAAACUCUUUAGGUGCAAAAACUUUUAGGAGGACACCAUCAAAUCCUUCCCAACAGAUGACCAUCCAGACUUGAGGUCUCUUCCAGCUUUAGGAUUGUAAGAGGAGACUCCAUCAAUAAUAACAUCCUAGAGCUUAAAGAGAACCCAAGGUGGUCACCUAGUCCACUGCCUUUCUGCCAGGUAGGAGGACACCAUCAAAGCCCUCCCGACAGAUGACCAUCCAGACUUGGGGUCUCUUCCAGCUCGAGGAUUCUAAGAGGAGACUCCAUCAAUCAUAAUAUCCUAGAGUGGAAAGAGAACUCAAGGUGGCCACCCUUACUGUCAGGUAGGAGGACACCAUCAAAGCCCUCCCUACAGAUGACCAUCCAGACUUGGGGGUCUCUUCCAGCUCUAGGAUUCUUAGAGGAGACUCCUUCAAUAAUAACAUCCUAGAGUGGAAAGAGAACUCAAGGUGGCCACCCUUACUGACAGGUAGGAGGACACCAUCAAAGCCCUCCCGACAGAUGACCAUCCAGACCUGGGGUCUCUUCCAGCUCAAGGAUUGUAAGAAGAGACUCCAUCAAUAAUAAUUUCCUAGAGUUGAAAGAGAAUCCAAGAUGGACGCCCCUCGUAGCUUAUCGAGGAUGUGAUGGAGGUGUGUGUGUGUGUGUGUGUGUGUGUGUG